AUGACGUCUUCACAGCAACCCAUUCCGAAGGACGAUAAAGUCUGCGGCUUGCCGGAUUCAAUUCUCUGUCAUGUACUCUCUUUUCUCUCAACCAAACAAGCUGCAACCACAAGUGUGCUCUCAAAGAGAUGGAAACCUCUAUGGCUCUCAAUCUUCACCCUCGAUUUCGACGACACAGCCUUCAAAUUUUCACCCUCGAGAGUUCUCUCUGCUAUGCACUCAGUAUUGCACCAGCGAGACAUCGCACUACCAAUCCAUUCGUUUCGCUUCAUAUAUCAUCAAUAUUCUUUUUGCUACCAAAAUGAUAUCAAUCAAUUUAUUGAGUUCGUCCGAGAUAGAGGAGUACAAAACUUCACCCUCCACCAAAUGGUUCCAGUUUGGGAUCCGCCAUCAAUUCUAUUAACUCGUAGCAUUCUCAAUUGUGAGACUCUAGAAGUUCUUAAGUUGAAGGGCAUCAAGAUUGGAGAUAUUUCUUGUAUGCAGGAUUUACAUUUACCGAAACUCAAAACUCUCCAUUUGAAUGACGUACUUUUUGAAUGUAAUCAACAACUCUACAAUCUUUUAUUAGGAUGCCCACUUCUACAGGAUUUCGAAUCAAAAUACAGUAUCAAUAUCGAAGACAAUAAAACCCUUCAUCUCCUAAAAUCUUACGAGGCCUUACCUAAUUUGAUCAAAGCUAAGUUAAAUGAUGAUCUUAUAAGAUGCCCGUUGUGUGUAGAUAUGAGUAAGUGCCUAUGUUUCUUCGACAAUCUUGUCUUGUUACGCACUAUUCCCACAUUUCAAAGAUUGACUCACUUGGAGCUUAACUUUAAAGAUAUCAAUUGGUUCCACAGAUGCAUCUGGUUGCUAGCAAUACUCAAACAUUCUCCCAAACUUCAAAAUCUUAUCAUUCAGGAUACUGGAGUUCUAGAAGAGAGGAAAUGCAUAUGCUGGAAGGAUCCACAAAUGGCUCCAGAAUGUCUUUCAUCACAACUUAAAACUUGUUGCAUUAGUGGUUACAGAGGCACCGAAUGGGAUUUCAAAUUUGCGAAAUAUAUAAUAGAGAAUUCAAAAGUGCGUGUAUUGGAUUUUUUGGUUAUCUAUGAAUGCCUUGCUUUGGCUGGUGGUAGAGGUCCAGUUGGAGUCGUCACUGUUGCAGCUACUGCGAUCGUUGCAGCGUGA